AUGAGAUGCACUGAAACCACUGGUAUUCUGGAGGAUUACCAGCCAAUAAUUUGCUUGGUUUCACCUCUUUGGCCACUGAGUUCGAUGUACCGCACAUCACUUUUUCGUACCAGGUACUUUUACCGGGGUCAUUCGUUUGCUAGGUCCAAAUUGAGACGGAAACCUGCCAAAAGAUAUGUUAUAAACCCAGAUAGCGAUAAAGGCAGUAGUAGCGCUAAUAUUCCUGAUGCCUCGAUAGUGGCUAGUGUGAAUAAUGUACAGCAGAUGAGUGUGGAUCCAGAAAACGGGCAAUUUCUGGGGACUAAAAACGAUAAGAGUUUGGUUAAAACUAAACCACCAAGGCUGACUCACGAUUUGGCAAGAGUACUCUACCAGCCGUUGACUUUACAUCAAUUGCAAGAUUCAAGAACCGGUGUCUACAAUUUUGAGCCUGAAUUGGAAAUGAUUGCACCUGAUAUGCUGGAACCAAAGGACGAUGGUGAAUUACCGUUUAUUACUCCACAUAAAGAUGAGACUUUACACAGGAUGGCAAAAAUUUCUAAAAGUGAAUACGUUUCCUCUACCAGUUCUAUGACAUCCUCCUUAUCACAGCUGCAUUUCUUGUUAUCUGGUUUUAGACCACUCAACGCAGUGGAUCUGCCGUUAUCGAGAAGAUUUCCCGACAAACAUUUGACGUAUACACAAGGUGCUAAAUUACCAGCAAGCUUUAUACUGCGAAAAUUGGAUGAUAAGGUUACCUCUAUUGAUUCUGAUAAAAGUCUCGAUAGGGAAAUUGUUUUGUCGAUACUGGGCCAUUCAUUGGAGGAAUUUCUUACUGAUAGAGCGCAGAGUCAGCCCGAAUCUUACCACUAUUCCCAAGUGGAUUCAUUUCUUUUAAGGUCUCAGCUAGAUGCAUACGAUUCCAAGCUUCCAGGGACUGGUGUGUUUGAUUUGAAGACUAGGGCUGUUGCCGCUAUCAGGCAUGAUUUGUCCUUUGUGGAGAGUAACAACAAUUACACUGGUUACGAGAUUGAUAGAGUAUUUGGAGAGUUUGAAUCAUUGGAAAGAGAAUUUUUCGAAUUGGUUAGAAGCACGUUGUUGAAAUAUUCCCUGCAGGCAAGAAUUGGUAAGAUGGAUGGAAUAUUCGUUGCGUAUCACAAUAUCGCUAGGAUGUUUGGAUUCCAGUACUUACCGCUAGAGGAUUUGGAUUUCAUUAUUCAUUCUUGCUACGAUUCUAAAUUUAACUUUGCACUGUCAUCCAAGAACCAUGAUUUGAGAUCGAUCUAUGGUGAUCAAGUUUUUUUUACGCAACAGCAGCGGGAUGCAAGGAAAGUGGCAUCUGCAGUCGCAGAUAAGGAAUUCAAGAUAUCUAUCCAUCUCUUCAAAAAUAUUUUAAUGCAUGUAAAGAAUUUGUUAAAUUCUAAAGGCAUCAAGAAUUGGCAAAAAUGUAAAAUUAUGAUGCAAACCGUUACGAGUAAAGAUACAAAUGGUUCCAAGUCGCUGAGAUCUGUGGAAAAACCUGUUUUGAAAGUGGUAGCCGUACCAUUACCUGAUGAUUACGAGGAUAAACCACUCCUAACGAAAGAUAUGGAUAACAAUGCAAUUUCCCAGCAACUUGCUCAUAUACGUGAGGAAAAUCAACAGCUAUUAGAAAAUCUAGGUGACUCAAUAGUUGGUUUUCAAAUUAAAGUGUCUCAUGAAUAUAGGGAAUCCCAGAAGAAAGAGCUUAAAAUUCCUGGCUUUGCACGGCCAUCCCAAAAGGUUUUGACACCAGAGUCUUGUGACUACGUUAUUGCAAAAUUAAAUCAAGACUACUACCGUAAUUUUAAAAAUUUCAAAUACCCCAGUUUUUUCCAUCCAAAGGAUCUUGCAGGUUGGAAAGUACGCACUCAAAUUUACAACAUUAAUAGCACUGAGCAAUUGAAGAGCUUGUAUGGAACAUUCCUAAACCAAAAGUUGCACGUUCUUGAAGAACAGUCUGUAAUCAUUUCAACCAAUCGAUCAUCCAAUAAAGAAGUCUCUAGAAGAAUUUCAGAUUUAAUGGCAGAAGAUUUCGGCGGUAAAGUUGAAAAAAAAGAUGGUCAAGAACUUUCUGCUCUUAAGAGUAGAUUGAGAGCAUAUGCGAAGAAGGGCGAAACGAGAAGAAAGCUGAGAGAUAGACUUUGUUCACCAAAGGUCAAAAUAACUUGGGAUUCCCAAGAUAUGGAUUAG